AUGGCCAUAGGAAAUCUCACAAAAGCCUUCGUUUUUGUAAUGGCUGUUAUGGCAAGCCAAGUGAAGGGUCUAAUGCCCUACACAAGGCCUUUGUGGGACAUGAACAUGAUGAUCCCAGAGGAUCCAUUUAGAAUCCUCGAACACACACCGCUCAACGUCGCUUCCAUUCCGAAAGCGACAGAGACAAUGGCAGUGUCAUUGGCUCGUUGCGACUGGAAAGAAACCCCACGGUUCCAUGUCAUCGACCUCGACAUACCCGGGAUGAAGAGAGAAGAUUUGAAGAUCGAGGUCGAAGAAAACCGGGUGUUGAGGGUCAGCGGCGAGAGGAAAGAGGAGGAGGAAGUAGAAGGACAAAAAUGGCACACGGCCGAGAGGACUAAUGGGAAAUUCUGGAGGCAAUUCAGGAUGCCUUCGAAUGCGGAUUUAGAUCAUGUCACGGCUCAUUUGGAAGAUGGGGUUUUGACGAUCACCGUGCCGAAAUUUGCCGACGAGGCCAAGAGGCAAUCUAAGGUUAUCGACAUUGGUUCACCGGCUGGUUCCGGUGAGGAUGUUAAGACCAUCUCCACGGCUUCCCAGUAA